GCUAUGCUAAUGCCAUGGUGGCGACGAAAUCUAACGAGGCAGUUUUUAUGGCAACCAGUAAUCAUCACCUUCUUCAACAAUGAACUUGAAGAGUUUGAAAUGCAAAUGCUCAACACAGACAUGUAUCAUCAACUUCAAAUCAGUAACUAUUACUGUUACUACUAGUUUUUCUUCUUGCUAUAGACAAUACUGAAGAGAUAGAAGAUAAUGUUAAUGAUGGUUUUGCAACUUUACCAACUUCUUCUUCUUUACAUUCCAAUUCACUCUUCUUUCACCCUCACCAAUACACACCUUCUUUGAAUGAGAGACUGACGACAAGAUUGCCCACUAUUUGCCUCUACCAUAAUGCGUCGAGAAGGAGAAAGACUCGUCAUUUGUUGGUUCGUAAAGAAGACAUAGAAUCGCGUGUCCAAGAACAAGAACAAGACCAAGAAGAGGACGAAGAUGAAGCACCUCCUCCUAGCCCUAAAGAACUCCAGUAUGUUCGAGAUAUCAAAUGGGUGUUGGAGCUUCUCAGGAAAAACAGAGACAUGCUUUUUAGCGAGGUUGAGGCACCAGUGACGAACCCAAGCAAAUUCCUUUAUGCAAAAGCCAUUGACACUGGUAAAGAUCCUAAAAAGGCUGCAAAGAGAUUGAAAAUUGAAUGGGAUUCAGCUGCUGAAAUUGAGUAUACUGGCCUGAAUGACGAACCAGCUAUGGUUUGUUCUCUUUCUGAUUAGUUUAAUGUGUUUCAUUUAAGGGUCGUCUGUUUGUGUGUUAUUUCUUAUACAAUAUUCUGGAAACCACAUUUAUUAAACCUUACCUCCCUUGGAUCAGCGGGUUGACCCAGGACCUUCUCAACCCAACCCCCGACCCGGGCCCGGCAUAAAAGAGAAGUCCACUCAAAGUUGAGAAAGUCAAACUGGUUUAAUUUUGUUUUUAUUUUUUUUACAAAACAUCAUUUUAUUUUAUUUUUAUAAAUAAAAUAAAAUAAUAUUAUUUUGAUUGAUGAGGUCAAUCGAGUUAACCUGCCAACAUGAGCCUGGGCAGUUGGGUUUAAUUAACAUGGUCUGGCUGGUCCUCUUGAGCUUGCUAUUUAUGCGGCGCCCAUGCUUCUGCAAGCAUAUGAUACAACUAGCUCUUAAAAUUUUCUACUUCUGAAACAUUUGUAGUGGGAAAACAUGGAACUCACUACCCUUUGACGCUUGUGACUUGCUGCCCACGUCCUCACUUUGCCAGGUUCCUACUGUUCUUAUGAGUUGUUAAUCUCUCACUUCAUUCUAAUAGCUAGCUAGUUUGUGACCUGAAACACCAUGGUCCUCCCAGCUUCAGAUAUUGUCCUUCCCACCUCAAACAACGGCACUCAUGAAACACUUGAAAUUUCUGAUGAUCUGGACAUCUGUAUUAUUACUGCUGAUUAUUUCCACGAAUUAAAAUUCAUGGCUAUUGAAGAAUCUAAAAAGUUGAUUAGAAAAGAGAGUAUGCAAAAGGAAAAGCAGAUUUCAGCGGAUCCAGUUUCGUUGAGAGAGUCAUCAAGAAGAGAGGCUAGCUUCAAUUUCAUGCUGCUGCCUGUGUCGACUGCACCAAUUCCAGACCUGCUACCACCUGCACUGCCUGCAAAAUCCCAGAUUAUAUCAGGCAGCCUCCCCAGCUCAGCCUGCUCAUCCCCUCGGUUCAGCCUCACCAUGUUGAAGAAGAAAUGGAAAAAUGAAAGCCAAGCAUCUCCCCGCCAGAUUGACAAUCUUGCUGGUCGACAUUCUUUAGCACAUCCUCCCCUUGCUGCUCAACAAGAAAUUCACUUGCGAAGGAACAAGUCUUGCGUAGAAGGAAGGACAGCCGCACCUGCUGAUGAACUUAAUUUUUGGUUCCCCAGACCAAAUGCUAGCAAAUCUGAUAACAGACCUCAUGGACACUUCAAAAUUGAGGCUAGCAAAGAAGAUCACAUAACUGGUGAAAACAUGGAUCCCAUUGAUGAUGGAUUGAAAUGCGGUGUGCUAUGCUUCUACCUUCCAGGCUUUGCAAAGGGAAAACCAGUGAGACCAAAAAAGGAAGAAGUGAGAGGAGAUUUGGGAAAUGUAAUAUCCAGGACAGUUUCUGUGGAAAAAUUUGAAUGUGGUUCUUGGGCUUCAUCGGCCAUCAUAAAUGACCAUGAAGACGACCCCAAGAAUCUUUACUUCGAUUUGCCACAAGAGUUGAUCCAAGCUAGUGUGAAUGACGCAAAUUCACCGGUUGCUGCUGCCUUCAUCUUUGACAAGGAUCGAAAACAAGUUCUCAAGAGUUGUUCAACAAGAGCAGCACCCAGGAACUCCCAUGAAUUUUCUCGCCAUGUUAGGUUUUCAACAUCAUUGCCCACAUCGCACCCUACCUCACCAACUUCUUGCAUUACACCUCGCUUGCAGAAGGCUAGGGAGGAAUUCAAUGCCUUUUUAGAAGCGCAGAGUGCAUGAAUCUUUCUGCCAACUUUCUUCUUUCAAGCAUUAUGUUUUCCAGUUCGUUGCAAUUAUGCAGAUUUGGAUGACACAUUUUACCCGAAUGUGAUGCACCCUUCAUUUUCCAGCCAUCUUCUGGAAAUAAGCCAGAGAAGGUUGAACAAGAUAAUUGUACGAGAAUUUUGCCAUUUCUUGUUCUUUUGUUUCAUGUUCUGGGUUAAUCGCAUGAUCUUUUUCAGGUUUAUGUCAAACUUUUCUAGUGACAAGUGUACCAGCAUGAAAGUUUUUAGCAUCUAUGGAUGGGUGAUCUUUUGCA